AUGAGUAUCUCUUUGGGAGACAGAGUUGCAUCUUCAUUUGACGAGGAAAUAAGUGAAGGAAGUAAAAAAAAUGAUGAUAUUUUAGAUAAAAAAUUGCCUUAUGAUGGUGAAAAUCCUAGGGCUGGGAUGACAUUUAGCUCUGAAGAUGAAGCUACCGACUAUUACAUGAAUUAUGCUCGUUGUAUGGGUUUUGGAUUUCGUAAAAUCAGUUCAAAAAAUGGAGAUGAUGGAAAAAGAUAUUUUACUUUAGGAUGUAGUCGAGCAAGAAAGUAUGUGAGCAAUUCAAAGAAUCUUUUGAAGCCAAAUCCUAUUACAAAAACACAAUGCAAGGCUAGAUUGAAUGCCUGUAUGUCUUUAGAAGGAACAGUUACAAUUUCAAGUGUUAUUCUUGAGCAUAAUCAUGAAUUAAGCCCAACAAAAGCACGGUAUUUUAGAUGCAAUAAGAAUUUGGGGCCUUAUAUGAAAAGGAGAUUGGAACUUAAUGAUCAAGCUGGAAUUAACGUAAGCAGAAACUUUCGAUCAUUGGUUGUUGAAGCUGACGGUUAUGAGAAUCUUAGUUUUGGCGAAAAAGAUUGUAGAAAUUAUAUAGAUAAAGUACGACGGCUACGACUUGGAACAGGGGAUGCUGAUGCUAUUCAAAACUAUUUUGUUAGGAUGCAAAAACAAAAUAGUCAAUUUUAUUAUGUAAUGGAUUUGGAUGAUGAAAGUCGUUUACAGAAUGUGUUUUGGGCAGAUGCGAGAUCUAGAGCUGCAUAUGAAUAUUUUGGUGAAGUCAUAACGUUUGACACCACUUAUUUGACAAACAAAUAUGACAUGCCUUUUGCCCCUUUUGUUGGGGUGAAUCAUCACGGUCAGUCUAUUCUAUUAGGUUGUGCUUUGUUGUCGAAUGAGGAUACUGAAACUUUUACUUGGUUAUUCAAAACAUGGCUGGAAUGUAUGCAAGGACAUGCACCAAAUGCCAUAAUUACCGAUCAAGAUAGAGCAAUGAAGAAUUCAAUUGAGGUUGUCUUUCCGAAAGCUCGUCAUCGAUGGUGCUUGUGGCAUAUAGAGCUGUCAAAAUGGUGGCAUAUAAUGAAAAAGGUUCCAGAAAAAUUAGGUAGACACUCUGAUUAUGAGUCUAUCAAAACACUCUUGCAUGACAUUGUAUAUGAUUCUUGGAGUAAAAGUGAUUUUGUAGAGAAGUGGGAAAAAAUGGUGGGAUAUUAUGAACUUCAAGAUAAUGAAUGGUUGAAAGGGCUAUUUGAUGAACGAAAUCGUUGGGUUCCUGUGUAUGUGAGAGACACGUUUUGGGCUGGAAUGUCAACUACACAAAGAAGUGAAAGUAUGAACUCUUUUUUUGAUGGGUAUGUAAACUCAAAGACAGCACUUAAACAAUUUGUUGAACAAUAUGACAAUGCAUUAAAAGACAAAAUUGAGAAGGAAAACUUGGCUGAUUUUAAUUCAUUUAAUGCUACAAUUGCUUGUGUAAGUCAUUUUGGUUUUGAAUCUCAAUUCCAAAAUGCAUUCACUAAUGCAAAAUUCAAAGAAUUUCAAGCUGAGGUUGCUUCUCUGAUGUAUUGCCAUACUUUAUUUGAAAGAUCGGAGGGCUUGAUUUCAAUAUUUUCUGUUACAGAAAAUAAGAAAGUUUUCAAUAAAACUCAAGACAUAGUUUUCAAGGUAUUCUUCAAUGAGAAAGACUUUGAAUUACAAUGCACUUGUUGUUUAUUUGAGUUUAAAGGUAUUUUAUGUCGGCAUAUACUUUGUGUGCUUACACUCACUGGUAAAGCAGAGUCGGUGCCACCAGGUUAUAUUCUGUCACGAUGGAGAAAGGAUAUAAGGCGGAGACACACUCUUAUUAAAUGUGGUUUUGAUCAUUCAGCUAGAAAUCCUGGACUACAACGUGUUAACAAAGCAUGUGAUGCUUUCUACGAAGUUGCUUCUACAAGGAUAAAUACUGAAGAUGAUUUAUCGAAAGUGAUAAAUUGGAUUGAGCGCUUGAAAAUUGAGUUACCGUGUAAAAACUCAUCUUCCAAGAUUGUAGAACAAGAUGGUUAUGUUCAAAACCAUAUGACUAGAAUUCUUGAUCCAUUACCGACCCGAUGUAAAGGGCGUCCUCCUUCAACAAGAAAGACUUCAAAAGUUGACCGAAUUGUCAAAAACAAGAUUGCUAGAAAGAAAACUCAAAAAAGAACCCAAAAGAGUAAAACUGAUCAAAGUCAAGAAGAGGGCCUGUGUAUCUCUAGAGUUCAAGAAAUUGCAAAUGAAAAAUAUUUUAGAUCUCAAAUUAUUGAUGGGAUUGGAACACAAGAAAGCAUUCAAGUAAAUGGAAUUUAUUACUUUAAUUUGAUUCAACAUUCUUGUUUAUUUAAAAUUGAUCGACUAGUUUGAUUCUUAAUAUGACACUUCAUACUAAUUGUUUGUGUUUUGUUUGUAAAUAUUCAUAGCAUGAGA